AUAACUGUCGUUCGUACAUGUACAACGCAAUGGCGGCUCAACAGCAUGUGUCUUGCGGGCGAUGCCUCGGCUGUGUUCCCGACAUCUCAAAUUCGAUGCAGCUGGCAUCAUAUGCUGGAUUUGACUUUGUGGCUAUGCCCAUCGUGCAUCCAAGAUUCAAGAGAGAGUUUGUAGAAGGAAAAGCCAAAGACAGAGUGGCAGCAUUUGCAAGAUCGGACUUACUGUUACCAAGCCAAGAUUGGAGCGCCCUGGUUGUUGGAAAGCUGUCAGAAUGGCUUCAGCCAGACUCUGAUAAUGCUGUAGUUCGUCAGAACUCCCAGGUUGCCUUGAUGCAGGAGUUGAACUAUGCGGCCCAUCUGAGUUUACCAGCUGUCCUGGUGCCCUUGAAUAACAUCAACUGUGUUAACCUGGCAAGAUGCCUCUACAGCCACAUGCAGGGUCAUAGCAAUCACCAGGUAUGGAUUCAUGUACCAAUUCAAGCUCCAGGGACUAUGACUGAUGACCUAGUGGAAAACCCUUCAUUGUUUGAAGACACAAAGAAAGACAACGAGCCUUGGCACUGGUGGAACACAUUACGGCGGGCCUGUAACCAUCACAAGCGGCUUGGUAUAGCUCUUGAAGCCACAGCAGACCUACCAUCACAAGAGAUUAUUGAUAGGUGGAUGGGUGAACCGGUCAAAUGUGCCAUCUUCUCCACAUCUCUCUUCCUUACCAAUAAGAAAGGAUUCCCUGUACUAUCUAAGGCUCAUCAAUCAUUGGUCAUGCAGCUAUUUAGGCUAGAUGUCCAGAUGAUGAUCAAAGGCACCAAUAGGCAUCCAGAUAAAGGUAUCAAGGCUUACCAGCAGUACAUGGAACACCUCUACCAAUCCCAACCACCUCUUGGAGGAGUUGAUGCUUUCGCCAAGGGUUAUGAAGACUACCUACAGUGUCCUCUUCAGCCCUUGUCAGACAACUUAGAAUCCCAGACGUAUGAGAUAUUUGAGAAAGAUCCUGUGAAGUAUACCCGCUACCAGGAAGCAGUCUUCAAAGCUCUGAUAGACUCUGUCCCAGAGACACAAAAAUCAACAACAAAGACAAUAAUAAUGGUUCUGGGAGCUGGGAGAGGCCCUCUUGUGACAGCAUCAUUAAAGGCAGCCGAGCAAGCUGAGAGGAAAGUCCAUGUAUAUGCCGUAGAGAAAAAUCCCAAUGCAGCUGUAACGUUAUUCACAUUGAAGGAAGACAAAUGGGGUGAUCUAGUAACAGUUGUUCAGACAGACAUGAGAGAGUGGAAGGCUCCGGUGAAGGCAGAUAUCAUUGUCAGUGAGCUCCUUGGCUCAUUCGGAGACAAUGAACUCUCACCAGAGUGUCUAGAUGGAGCUCAACCAUUCCUUAAAGAUGACUGUAUCAGCAUUCCAUGUAAAUACACCUCUUAUCUUAGUCCUCUUAUGUCUCAUAAACUCUACAAUGAAGUCAAGUUAUGUAAGGAAAAGGACAAAAAUCCAGAAGCCCACUUUGAGACACCUUACGUAGUCCGUCUACAGAACGUGACGGUCCUUGACAAGCCGCAAUCAGUGUUCACCUUCACUCAUCCAGCCAAGCUACCGACAGACAACCAAAGAUACAAGCAUUUGACCUUUGACAUCAAGGAGGAUGCAGAACUUCAUGGGUUUGCAGGGUAUUUUGAUACAGUGCUGUAUGGUGACAUUAUGCUCAGUACUGAACCAAGCACAUAUUCAGAAGGAAUGUUCAGCUGGUUCCCCAUAUUCUUUCCAUUAAAAACUCCUAUUCAUCUAAGAGCCAACUCAAGGGUGACUGUCCACUUCUGGAGGAAUGUCCGAAGCCGCAGCGUAUGGUAUGAGUGGUCACUGACUGAACCUGUGGCUACGCCCAUCCACAACAUCAAUGGCCAAUCGUACACCAUCAGCUUGUGAUAAUACAUUCAUUGCUUUGCCUAUCAUAGCAUUUAAUCCUUAAUAACCCUAUUCCUGUAUUGGAAAGGUCAAUACUUAUUCCAAUCAACUGCAGCUUGAUUGUGGAGCACUAGGAAACCCAAGAGUCCAACUCUGCUGGAUAAACUCUCCCAAUGAACAUUCUCUUAGAGCGCACCUCACUUGUACGAUGCCCACUGAAAAUACAGGACAACUCCCCCAGGAGGACAACUCCACUGGAUAAGACUCCCCAGUGAGUGUUCUCUCAGCUCACACCUCACUUGUACAAGACCCACUAAAGGUACAGGACAUCACCCUAGGAGAGAGCUGUACCAUUAAA